UGAAAUUUCAAUUUAAAAUAAAUAGGUAAAAUUGAUGCUUUUAAUUUAUUAUUUAUUGCUUUAUGCAUACGGAUCAAUAUCUGUGAAAGAAAAAGAUAAAUGUUCUUGUGACAAAAUCAAUUUGAAAAAGGAUUGCAAUAGAUUUGAAUAAUGUGAGUUUUCAAAUAAUUAAUGUUCCGAAAUUCCUUGCUCUAGAUUGAGUAAAGAGAAAUGUUGGUAAAAUAAAAAUUGUGAAUAUUAUAUGGAUGAGUGUAGAGAAUUUAUUGGUUGUUAAACUCAUUCAAUUGUAGAUAGGGAAACAUGCGAGGAACUACAUAGUGAUUGUUACUGGAGUUCCAUAGCAUAAGAAUGUUAUGAAAUUCCAGAUAUUGAUAUGGGUUAUUGUUUUUAGUAAUCACUAUCAUUUUGUUAUUUUGCUAAUGAAGAUCUUUGUGUUAUAAAGAAUGGAAGAUGUUAAGAAAUGACAAAAUGUGAAGAAGCAAAGAGUAGUGAAUUUUAGUGUAUUCAUGCUUAUCCAGCUUGUUAUCCAUCUGAGUAUCAUGUAGAUUGCCAAUCUAAUCAUUAUUGUAAUGAAUCUGAAAAACUUAAUUGUAAAAUGGCAAAAGAAAGGAUUAAUAGUAGAGAACUUUAACUUUGUAUGAGGGGAAUUAAUGGAUGUGUUGACUUUGAUCCAAGUAUAUAAACAGAAGAAACAUGUGGUGUUGAAUCAUCUUUCUAUUUUUAUUGGAAUGAUACUUCAUGUAUAAGGUGUUAUUCAGAUCUAGUAUUUAUUAGUACAUUAAUAAUCUUCAUAUUGAUAAUUUGAAUAUUAUUAUGUAUAAUUAGC